AUGCGUCAGCGAGUCAGCACCCCUGAGGACCUGGGAGCACUUAGGCCUGUCCCAGAGUUGCGAGGGGCAGCUCUGAAGUACCGCUCUCCGGGGUCUCCGCUCGGGCGCUUGGCCAUCCGUUCAGCGUCGGACCAAGAGUCUCCUCCAAACACGCCGACCAUCAGCCCCGAGAAGCACAUCACCGAGGUCUAUGCCUGGAAUUUGGACCAUGAGUUCAGCAAUCUCUUGGCUGCUGCCUCGGGAGAUGCCAGCGGGGGCGCCAUCCUGGCCAUCGACAUGGAGUUCCCGGGCUUCCUACUCGGCCAGGAGCCGCGGAGCGGCGCUCGCGCCGCGCGGUACCAGGCGCUCCGGGAGAACGUGGACCGCCUGCGGCUGAUCCAACUCGGGGCCGCAGUGGCGGACGCGGACGGCACCGUGCGGGGCGCCUGGAGUUUCAACUUGGCGUUUGACAUCGAAGUUGACCUCCACACGGAGAAGUCCAUGGCCUUCUUGCGGGCGGCCGGGCUUGACUUCACCCGCCACAAGAAGGAAGGCAUUGAUCCAGUCAUCCUGGGCCGAAAGUUUGCGAGCUCCCUGCUGGUGGGGCAGCGCGCCCCCUGCUGGGUGACCUUUGCAGGCUCCUAUGACCUGGCGUAUCUGCUGAAGCUGCUGACCUCCGGCCAGCCGCUGCCGAGGGACUCCCAUUCCUUCGAUGUGCAGCUGGGCAUGUACUGCCGCCGGAACUAUGAGCUGAGGGAUUACUUGCCCCACGGGUCCCUGGACGCCUGGGCUCGGCGCCUGGGGGUGCAGCGCUUCGGGCGCAGCCACACGGCUGGCAGCGACGCCCUGCUGACGCUGAACCUUUUCCUGGUGAUCUUUGGGCCCAACAGUGCCCCCGACGAGAGGAAGUGGGGGGCCUGGCAAACCUGGCAAGAGCAGUGGGACCAGCAGUGCGUUUCGGCAGGCAUGUCAAGCUGGGAGCUGAUGCAGCAGCAAGCGAGGUGGCAGGCGGCUUGGCAGUACCACGCCAACCUGCCCUUCGCCUAUGCCAACGCUGCCGCCAACGCUGCCGUCAACGCCGCGAACGCCCUGUCGACACAGCCUGGCCAUUCCCAGUGGAGCGCAAUCCCACCGCCGGUGCCGUCGCUCCAGGGCGGCAUGCCGAUGCCUGCGGCGACGUUCUGGACGGGGAUGCCGAGUUGGCCGAGGGGGAACACGGCCAGCCCAUUCUCGAUGCAGCAGGACAUCAGAGCCAAGUUUCAGAUCUGA